CAAAGACGAGCCCCUUCAACUAAUGGGUGAGCGAGUAGAAAAUGAUAAAUAUCGGGACAGAAGAGUGAGAAAAGCUUCCGUGUGCCUCGUUAAUGAUUCUACAAGUGAGUGGAUUCUGCAGGGGAGAGAUACCUGAGAAUGGAAUGGCCCCAGCCUACAAGACUCUUCACACCUUUCCUCACUGUACCACAUCAAAAGACCUUACUGGAAGUGCGUUUUCCAGCUCGUAUCCAAAUCUUUCACCAUGCUGACAGAGGUGGAGGGUAGGUGCACACACACACACUCAGAAUGAGGGGAGGGGGGGAAAGUCCCUCCCUGCCACCGUCAUCUGCAUUGGCUGGAUCAGCAUCCGAUGCAGGCAAGCUGUCAGCCAAUGAACGCAGGAGAGGCAGGAGAUGCAGCCAGAGGAGAGGGGAGAGUUUUCAGACCGGUCAACGGAGAGUGGGGACAGACAUCUUCUGGAGAGUGUGCAGCGCCAGUCGGCUUCUUAAUCUGCAAAACUUUUUUUAAAGUAAUAAUAACUUUUGGAACACUUCUGCAUCAAGAUGGAGGAUAAAGUCACAGAUUUCUCUGGAAAAUGGAAAAUGAAGACUUCGCAAAACUUUGAGGAUCUCUUGAGAGCUCUGGGUGUGAAUGUGCUCCUGAGGAAGAUCGCAGUGGCGGCCGCCUCCAGCCCAGCGGUGGAGAUCACCCAGCAGGGCGAGAGUCUGUCCAUCAAGACCUCCACCAGCGUCCGCACCACCCAUGUCUCCUUCACCGUGGGCCAGUCCUUCAAUGAGGCCACAGUGGACGGACGUCCCUGCACGAGUUUUCCCAAGUGGGAAACAGAAAGCAAGAUCAGCUGCGAACAGACUUUACAGAAAGGUGACGGGCCCAAGACGGCGUGGACCCGAGAGCUGACCAAUGACGGAGAGCUGAUACUGACGAUGACGGCCGGGGAUGUUGUCUGCACCAGAGUUUAUGAGAGGGAAUGAGGACAUCUUUCUAAAUCUUCAUCCAGCGCUUCUGUUUUGUGUCUCCACCAUCACUUCGCUUUCCUCGCCUAGAUUUCUUCUUGUCGUCCUCACAGCCAAUCAGAUGUCGGACCAGUCCACCGUGUAGUAAAAGGCUUCAGUUUUAUUGAAUGUAUGUAGAUGCGAUUGCCUUUUAGCACCGAAGCUGAAUUCACUCUCACAUAAAUGCCACAUAUUCCGCUUUAGAAGCUGCAUCACAGUGUCUGAAUCCAUGUUCACGUUGUUAUUAAACUGUUUUAUAUGAA